UCCGCCCAGCGGUCGCUUCCGAGGCCGGGCCGCCCGCCCAGUGGCUCUCCGGGAGCUGGAAGCGUGGCUGGGUGUGAAUUCAUCAUGUGCCAAAGAGGUGUUUAAAAAAUCCUUCUCCCUGCUGGUCAAAUGAUCUACAUCAGGAGUGUCAAACUGGCAGCUGGCGGGCCAGAUGCAUCAUACACAGGCCAUGCCCACCCCAGCUCCCUGAAUGGGAAAAAUGUCAUGAAACAUCACAUGAUGGCAAUGUGACAUGAUAAUUGUCACAGAAUCAUAGAAUGGAAGAAAUGAAAAGAACAUUGGAAAUUAUCUACUCCAAUAUCCUGGCGUUUUUCCUUCUUACUGCUUAAAAUGUGUGGUGGCCAUUAUCCUUUUUCAACUUUAUGGAAGACUUUGGAGAUCUUACAAGGGAAGUGACUUGGAUAAAAUAAAUGACAUUUACUUUCAUUAUACAAUCAUUCUUUACAAUUUAAUACUGAACAAAAUCCAGUGUUUUUCAGUAUUUUGAACAGAAUCAUCUGUUCCAUGAAUAAUGGAAGCCUUUUGAAACUUGUCAGGAAUACAUAUUGUGUCUGCCCUGAAUUUCAUUUGUAAUCCUUGCUGGAAGCCAAGAGUCCCCUCUGAAAUAUUUAAUUUUAUUUUAAAGGUAAAAGUUUCUCUAUAUAGUUGGGACACUAUAAUCUUUAAUACCAGAUGUAGCCAUACAAAUGGCACAGAUCUAUUUCUACAUGACUUUUUAGGCAUUGUAAGAUGACAUUGAUUUGCGUCAGUUGCACACAAUAUAAUGUUGUGCAAUUGUUAUGAGAGCUUGGAGUGUAGAAACAAUUGCUAUUAUUUAAAUUAGGAAUGCAUAACAUUCUACUGAGUCUUAGGUGUUUUGUACAGGUUUAGAAUUGGUAUCAGAUCCAAAUCUUCUCAUCCUUUAGAAAUGGCUUUAAUCUGCUCGCUUGAUGGAUAAAUCCUGAAAGCUGUUUAAGACACUUGCAUGCAAAUGACCAAACAACGCUUGUGGAAAUUAACCAGAUUUGCUUUCUACAGUGAUAGUAUGAAGUUAAUUUUGUUCAUCUUUUUCAGAGGUGGGCUGCUGCUGGUUCGGGCGAACCGGUAGUUUCGACCAGCGGCUGGGCCUGCCCACCCACUCCAGUGCUAUCCCGUCCUAUGCAAUCAUCGUAAUUUUGCAGCCACGCACAUGCACGGAAGGCAACCCAUGUGACAUAAAACAAUCUGUUAAAUGAAUGGACAACAAAACUAUUCAUAACUAUAAAGAAACUCAUAGCUGCUGUCAAGUGAAAAUGAUUAAUCAAUGGAACAGCUUGCCUCCAGGAGUUGUGGGGGUUUCAUUGCUGGAAGUUUUCAAGAAAAAGGCGAACUUCCAGCACUGUCAAACUCCAUGCUACUGUCCAUGGCUCCCUCCCCGUUGUCCACCUGGGUCUCGCUUGGUUGUGGAUGGAUGCGGCUGUUGCAGCAUAUGCGCUCGGAGGUUAGGGGAGUCAUGCAACCACCUUAUUGUUUGUGAUCAGAACCAGGGACUCAUCUGUGACUACAGCAAUGCUCCCACGCGAAGGGCGGGAAUCUGCAACUAUGAUGAAGAUGACCAAGACAGUUGUGAAGUAAAUGGAAAGAUCUAUCAAGAUGGAGAAGUAUUCCAGCCAAGUUGUAAGCUCCAAUGUCGCUGCUCAGGAGGAGGAUUUAUAUGUGUUCCUCUCUGCAGUGAAGAUGUUCGUCUCCCCACCCCAGAUUGCCCAUACCCAAGGCGUGUGGAAAUCCCAGGGAAGUGUUGUCAAGAAUGGAUUUGUGACAGAGAACCCAGACAGAUCUUGCAAGACAACGUGGCAGAAAGGUUAACUGGGAUGGCUUUCCCCAAUUUGUGUGAAGACUGGAGCACUGAGUGGUCUGCCUGCUCCACCACCUGUGGCAUUGGGAUUUCCACACGGGUGUCUAACAAGAAUCCCUACUGCAGGCUUGAAAGUCAGAAGCGCUUGUGCACCCUUGGACCCUGCCCAACUCUCACGGGAAUAGGCAACAUGAGUGGAAGAGGAAGCCGCUUAUAAACCAGUCCACUCCAUUCAGAAGUUGACAUGCUGGCUUCAAUCCAGCAAUUGGAACAACAACAGAAGCCCACGCUGAUCUUGUUUCUGUGGUGAUGAGAGAACCUCUGAAGAAUGUAGAGACAAAGCGACUGUCCUCAACAGAGAGGAAGGACGUAGCAAACAAGUGUCCCCACAUAUGAGCUGACAAUCAUCAUCUUCUCAAUGCCAGGCCGAUGACACUAGACAGCUUUAAUGUUUGGUGGAAAAAAUCCCAGACCAUGUGUUUUCAUGUUAUUCAGUAGUGGUGUCUUUAUGGCCGGCUUGAGACUACAAUUAUAAAUCCAUCCAAUUAAUGACAUGGCGCUUUGCAGUUACAGUAAUUCAAAGAAACAUGUGUUAUUCUUUCUUCAUUAUCCUUUCUCCAAAUAAUAGUUCUAGGAAUCUAGCAAGUGAGAUCAUCAUCCAUUGUUCAAUAUAGGUUAUUGUUUAUGUUCUUGUUAGAAAUAAAUAAAUCAUUACAAUGCUCAGUUGCCUGAAGCCAGAUUAACCAGUUUUAGGGAUCACAGCAAUAUAUAAUGUUUGGAGGCAAAUGUUCAUGUCAUACAAAGAAACAAGUAGGCACUGCAUACUAUUAGUAUUCUCUCUCUGUGUGUAUAAAAGAGAAUAAUGUCUUCAUAACAACAUUGUUCAUGGAUGAAGUGUAACUUGACAAAUGGAGAUGAGUCUUUAAUAACUUAGCAGACUUGGAGUAAAGAUCAAAGCUUUCUUUGAA